UUUCAAAUAAUUUUUAAAAACAUCCUAUGAACUUUUUCUCGCCUCUUGUUGGAUUUAAUUAUUUCUCGCGUUUUUAAACACUCCACUGGCGAGAAAUGAGAUUUAUUAAUUUUACUCUUCGACGACCUCAUCACGCCACUUUGGAUGAGAAAUAGUACUUGUUGGUUAAUGAAAGUCGAUCAUAAUUAGUCGUGAACACGGUUGUGUCGUGAAUGUCGUAAUAUAACCUCAGUUUUUAUUGCUUAAAUGUCAUACAUAUUGUUUCUUGGAUUUUAAAAAAUUUUCAAAUUUAAAGAAAUUUUUUAUACUACGCAGGCGCAUAUUAUCGGAAGGAAAUAUCAUGAUUAACGUAAGUCAGCUCAUUAAUCAAGUGGACAAAAACAAUUUUACACUGUAUUCAGAAUGGGAGGAUACGGGUUUUAAAAUAAUGAUACUGAGGUCAUGCACAGUGCCAUUAAGUGGCGAGAUGCGUAUGGAGGAUGCUAAUUAUUACAUAAAGCACUUGGACGAAUCCUUUGAUACGUAUCUGGAGAAGACGAAACACGCAUUCUCUGGUAAAAAUGCCGAUAUACAGUUCUUUCUGGAGGACGAUACAUUCACAUGGAAACACCAAAACAUUCUCACUCGUGGAGAAAUUGCGGUACACUCUCUGUCAAAUAUAUUAAUUCUUUCCGACACUUUAAAGCAGUCGUUAGAACAUUUUCAAAAAUGUCAAGAGCGAGCAAUGGCAUUGGAGAACGAGAACGAGCAUUUAAAUAAGAUCAAUACAGACCUGAUCAAAUCUGUAGAAGAAUUGAUCAAUAAAAAGACCACUAUGGAGAAAGAACUUUACAUGAAGUUUCUCACACUUCUAAAUACAAAGAAGAAAAAAAACAGAGAGCUUCAGGAAGCUUUGGACAGUGCCAAAAAGACGACACAAUCGGUAUACGAUAAAACCACUGAUGAGAGCGAGGGAUCAGAGGUGGAGAAUAAGAAAGUACAUGGUACUAAAUCAUCUAAGACAAGAAUACACAAGAUAGAUUAUGAGAAUGAACAGAAAGUUGCACCAAAGAGUAGUGAGAAAAAUCUUAAAAAACGUUUCUCUUCUAGUGAAGAUACAAGUCCUGAGCCUUCAACAAGCAAAGGCAAUAUAGCAAAUAUACAAAACAUGGACAUAGAUGAUACAAUAAAAUCCAAGCAGGUACUUAAGAGUUCAGAAGAAUCUGAGGAGGAUAUAUUUUCCUAGUGACAAAAGUAAUAUAUUUUGCAUUCUCUUCCUUACAUUUAAAAACUAAAUUUUUUUAACAUAAUUCAUGAAUUAU